AUGGCCGCUACUCUGGCAGAGUUGCUGGCAAAGUAUAAUAAUACGUUUGGCAACUGUCUUGUCCAUUCUCACUGCAAGCUUGCCGAUGGGGAGAUGAUGCUCGCCAAGGAAGACGUCUCCGAGCCAGUGCAGCUGGCACUCAUCGAACAGUACUACCCCGAACGCUGGUUAGCUAAUGGUACGCCGUAUGAGUUCUCGACUCUCAAGACAGAUGACCCACCGCAAGAUCUCGUCGAGGAGUUUUACCGUAUCACACAGGGUUUCGGUCUACAGAACAUUCUUGGCUUCUACCACAUUAAGGGAAGUCAAGAUGCCCCCGCUGUUAUUGAAUGGACCGAAGGCUGGAAGAAUCUUACUCGAGCUAUGACGGAAGAAGACAAAUCUGCGCAGCCGGUACAAACAGCUUGGAACUUUGGGCGUGGCGGCCCUAUCACCAUGGCUUGCACGAUUGUCUGCGAUACUCGAACCACACGUAGUGGAGCCAGCAAUGCGCACAAAGGUACUAGAACCCAGCUACCGCUUAUCAUGCGUUCUAACCCCUGUUCGAAUGCAGGCACUCAGAGCCACCCGAAGACUGAGGAUUCCAUUUAG